UCCUCUUGUCCACCAUGGCGGAGAAAGCUGUAGUAGAUGAAGGGUCAUCAUUUAUGGACCCUUUUAAAGGACUUUUAAUCUCUUAUUUUAUGCCAGAAUCAUGUUACGAUGAAUUCUUCCUGAACUUUAACUUCCUGGAUGUACCAUGUCUGAAGAUCGUGCUGAGCAAAGGUCUGGGGAUCGGCAUCAUCCUGGGAUCAGUGAUGGUGAAGCUUCCUCAGAUCUUGAAGCUGAUUGGAGCAAAGAGUGCUGAAGGUUUGAGCUUCAAGUCAGUGCUGCUGGAGCUUCUCGCCAUCACAGGAACGAUGGCUUACAGCAUUGCCAACAAGUUCCCCUUCAGCGCGUGGGGCGAAGCGCUCUUCCUCAUGUUGCAGACUGUCGCCAUCGGCUUCCUCAUCCAGCACUAUGGAGGGCGAACGAAGGGAGGUCUGCUGUUCCUGGUCGUGUAUUUCGUUCUGCUGCUCAUCCUCCUCUCUCCUGUCACUCCCAUGUCCGUAGUCACCUCCAUGCAGGCCUCCAACAUGCCAGCCAUCAUCAUCGGCAGGCUGAUUCAGGCGGCUGCUAACUUCCGUAACGGACACACCGGUCAGCUGUCGGCCAUCUCCGUCUUCCUGCUGUUUGCUGGAUCCCUCGCUCGCAUCUUCACCUCACUGCAGGAAACAGGAGACUCUCUGAUGGCGCUCACCUACGUCAUAUCAUCGGCCUGUAAUGGCAUCAUCGCUCUGCAGGUCCUCUACUACUGGAACAGUUCUCCAGAACGUAAGAAGAAGAAGAAAAAGAAGAAGGAGUAAAGAAACGACAGACUGAGGCUAAACUUGAACCAUAGAGCAACACUUUAUCUCUCCUUAUCAAACUUCAGACCGUCAUAGAGACGGCUGAAAAUGGAAUCAUGGCGAGGGCCACCGAGGGGGACGGUGAACCUAGUGGACUAACACGAUGUGAACACAAACAUGCAGAUAAAACACAGACAGUCUGCUGGUUUCUGUCUCUGCUGGGUCCAGAUUUCUGUUUUUACAUUCCUCUUAGUGAAAGUUGUCUCAUUCCAGUCAGGCUGUGUUUAAUCUGAGGUUGUUAUGAUAACAUCAUUCAGAAAUUCAAUAUGAUUCUGGUAAAGGAUGAAUGAUGAUGAUGAUGACUGAUUCCACAGCAGCAAAAAUAGAAGUCCCAGACACACAAUGAUGGGCAAUUUAUUAAUGUGAGUCAUCAAAAAACACUGGAAAACUCCUAUGCACUUUUAGAAUUGUUCAGAAACAUUGGCACUAUUCUCAUUUGGAAAUUUUGAAAAGGUUGAUGAGGAUUUUCAAAGUUAUAGUAAUCGUUUACUUGAAAUUUUGCCAUAAAAUGUUAAAAAUUCUGUUCAAAUUUUUUGACAAGUUUUGUAAUAAGAUCCCAAAAUUCUGUCUAAGAUUUAAAAAAAAACUGUCCUUUAAACUGUUGAAGCCAUUGUCACAAAUUUAUUUGAACAGCUUGAAAAUAUAAAUAUUUUUCUUUUUUUCAAAUUUCUGCUAAACUUUUAGAAACUGCCAUCCAAAUGUCAUUUUGCUUAAAAAAAAAAAUAUAUAUAUAUAUAUUUAUAUAUAUAUAUAUAUAUUUUUUUUUUUUUUUUCCAAGAAAAAUUCUAAUCUUUGGUGAUUUUUUUUGUUGUUGUUGUUUGCAGUUUUAAGGAAGAGCCAAACAUUUGUCUAAAAUUUGAAACAUUAAAUCAAAAUUUUGUGAAACAUUUCAUCCAAAAAACUUCUGUUGAAAAAAAAUCACUUUUUUUCCAACAGGAACAGUCAAAAAACCUUCCAAACAUUUCUUCAAAACUUGUUCAAAUUCUCUUAAACUUUCCUUAAAAUUUUUUGGAAGUGUUGUCUCCAGAUUGUUAAGAACAUUUGUCUAAAAAAGUUUACAUUUUCCAUUUCCUUCACAAAAGAUUUUGAGAAAGUAAAGAUCUUGCCAAUGUUUUUGUGCUAUUUAAGCAGAGUUGAGGAGUUUUCUUGCUGUUUUUGACAUCUUCAUUCUUCUCCUUUCUAUCUUCAUGCUUUGGUCUGUUUUUAUUGCCUGAUCAUGUAAAUAACAGAUUAUACAAUUAAAAGACGUGGUUUUUAAAACCACAUCAAAGAUUGCGACAACCUCAGGCCUCACAGAAAACGCUGAAUAUCUUGAAGCUGUUAUUUUGCACUGAUAUGUGUAGUUUCACAUCCAGGUUUAUUAUUUUGAUUCUGAUGAUUUUUUCUAAAUGUCUGAGAAGAUUUUUGUCCUUUGAGACUGAAAAAAUGAUUUUGUUGUUUAGUUUCACAUAAAUCUGAUUCAGUCUAAAAUCUA